AUGGCCCUGUAUCGAGUCCGAUUUGCCCCACAGGGACACGUUUCCAAUGCUGUCACAUCACCCGCUGUCGGACGUCAUGCUCUCGAGGACAAUUCCACCAUCACACGACAAAGGAGUCGAUCUGGUUGCCGCGAAUGUCGACAGCGAAAGGUGAAAUGCGAUGAGACCUUUCCUGUGUGUGUACGCUGCCAACGGCGAGGGUCCCUCUGUCAGCCCAACCUACAAACCUCUGAUUGGCACAUGGAAGUCCCAUGGCUGGCAGAUUCCCCGUUGACAACUGUCUGUCUCAACUCCCACCCGGAAAUCAAAAUUAAUGCACGCUUGAUGCGCUAUUGGCUUGAAGCAACGAGUCAGAUGUUAUCAGUGGACCCAAGCAACAAUCCGUUUUCUUUUCCAAUCCUCAAAUAUGCCACGGUUUCUCAUUCUCUGGUUCACGUGCUUCAGUCCGCAAGCGCAGCACAGGAAGCGUAUUUUCAUCAGCCCAAGAUGUCAGUAAGCUUGGACGAGCGGGGCAAAGCACUUAGUGCACUGAGAGAGGAGCUCGAGACUCAAAGUAGCUCGCUGUCACACUCAUUUCUUACACUUUUGAUGCUCGGCAUGUCCUCAUCAUGGAUGGCAAUGGGACCCACGGAUUAUGGAAGAGAACACCUCCUCAUUGCUCGAACUGUGGCUGAAAUGGUGAUACAGAAGAAUGAUUCCAAAAAGGAUGAAUUAGAUCACCUCACUUUGGGCACUUAUGUCUACUGGGACAUGGCUUGCUCGUUCUGUCUUGACCCCGUGGAUCAUCCUGUUGAUCGAGAAAGCUCUCUCGACAUAUACGUGAAGCAAGCCCGUCAUCGGUUCCACGCUAUCACCACCCACUCGAUUGAUCUUUAUUAUCUUCUCGGUCAUCUUGGUCGUUACUGCCGAGUGGUCGUAGACCAGGGUAGUCGCGAUCUGCUAUAUGAAGGAAACAUCGAGAAGAGACUAGUAGAAUACGAGUCUAUGGAAAGCGAUCCUGCGGCAAAGUCGCUCACCGAAGCUUUCCGAAAGCAUGGCCUUCUUCUUCUUCAUCGCUUAUGCGGAAAGCCUGGCGUCUCUCAGCAUACCAUCUCUGCCCAGUUGGAAAAUGAGAACUACGCGCACCAUCUCGCAGUCGAUAUUAUUGAACUUAUACUACAAACAAAAUCAGACUCUCCUUAUUUGCAUAUCCAAACUAUACCAUUAUUGAGCGCUGGUGCAGAAAUGACAUUGUCAGAUACACUCAAACGCGACCAAGUCCGACACAGGCUAAAUGAAGUGUAUUCAACGAAUCGCUUGGUGUCAACCCUAUGGGUGAUUGAUUUGUUGGAAGAGUUGUGGGGAGCGCACGAUACUGGAAUGACACGUAUCACAUGGCUAGAGCUGAUGCUGGUCAAAAACUGGAGGUUACGAAUUGGUUGA